AUGACUACACUAUCAACAUCCCGGGGACGCGAAGCCCUCGCCGCCAGCACCGUCUUUACAGUACUGGCAACAUUAAUCACUGCCAUCCGCAUAUUUACACGAGCCUUCCUCGUCAAGCAAAUGGGAGCAGACGACUACGUGAUCCUGGUCUCUCUAGUCUUCUCAUGGGUCUUCUUCGGACUGUUCGUCGGCGAAGUCUACCACGGCAUGGGCGAACACUACACCAAGAUCCCACCAGCGAUUUAUAAAUUCCAGAUGAUCUGCUUCUGGGCCUCUGUCCCCACCUACCAAACAAGCCUCAUCAGCACAAAGAUGUCAAUCCUUCUCCAAUACAAACGAGUCUUCUCAACGUCCCGCAUGCGUCAAGCAUGUUGGAUCCUAAUCGGCUUCCUGGGCAUCUACGGAACAUGGACUAUCGUCAGUGCCUGGGCGAACUGUGUUCCUCUCGCUAAGUUCUGGGAUCCCACUGUCCCGGGCUUCUGCUUCGAUAAGAAGGCUCUGUGGUUCUCGAACUCGGCCAUUCAUAUUCUCACCGAUAUCCUCAUUCUCAUUUAUCCCAUGCCGGUCCUUAAGUCUCUGCAAUUACCGAAAAAGCAGAAGUUUGCUCUUAUGGGUGUCUUUGCUCUGGGUGGAUUCGUGCUAAUUACAAGUAUCCUCCGUCUGAAAUCCCUCCUAAUCAUCUCCAACUCCUCAGACCCAACAUACGACAACCCCGGCGCAGCAGCCUGGUCCGCAGUCGAAUGCAAUGUAGCAAUAAUAUGCGCCUGCCUUCCCGGAACAAGAGCCUUCCUCUCCCGCCUCCUCCCACACAUUUUCUCAACCCGAAGCAACGGCUACAGAAGCCGAACAACACGGCCCUCGCGUACAGGCCGCAGCAUCCUAGGCGGCACUGGAAACGGAAAUGAAAACACCGUGCUGGCAUCCGUCGUCGGCGGCCGCAAACAUGACCCGGACUAUGACAUGGAGGAUUUGCCUUCGUCCUCGGGUUCACAAGAGUCUCAACGGAAGGGCCGGCAUGUUUCUGCUAAGGAGGCUUUUGCUGGUAUCAAGGUUACUACCCUUGUGCAGCAGAGUGAGGAUAAGGUUGAGGGGCGUGGGGAUCUUGAUGAGACGGGUAGUACGAAGGAGUUGGUGAGGAAGGGGAGUUUUUGA